UUCUAUUUCUUGCAGGUCAGUUCGAUCAGUUCGGCAAAUUGAUGAUAAGCUCAGUUGAUUUCGGGCAUACCCUCUUUUUGGACAAACCCGAUUUCCAAACCCAGAUGAUUUCGAGUGACACACCCUUGUUCAGAAUAGCAGAGCAUGUGUUGUGUGACCGUGCAGCCGAGGGAGCUCAAACUCAGACAGGUCGAAGGCGGCCUUGAUUUAGAGUUGAGGGGAUUGAAACCGCAUCUUGACGCUUCUUCAGCCUCGGCCAUGUUCUUUGCUGUGGAUGUUGCUCCCUGGGAACCAAGUGACUGGCCAAAGGCCUAUGCCACAUCUCGCUACAUGAGCACCAACAGUUGGUUGUACUUCAGGUUUCUUGUGCUCCUCUUCUUCGUGGGUCACUUCAUUGCAAAUUUUAUUUACGACUGGCCGGAAGAACAUUUCAUCUACUUCAUGUACCUCUCCCGUUGGUUUCUGAUAUGCAAUGUUUUGCUAGAAUGCAUCGACUUCCUGCUUGCCUUUUGGGGUUCUGUCCUCUUGGAGAAUGGUUUGAAGACUCCGACCCUUCCUAUUCUGGUGAAAAUCCACAUGGCCUUGAAGUGCAUGGUCUUGCCCACAUGCUUGCUCUCAGCAGGACUCUUUUGGGCUCUCGUAGCAGAAGGUCCAAUACCCUACAUCAGUAUGGCCGUGCAUGGAGGUGAUGUGAUUGCGAUCCAUCUCAGCUUCUUCCUUGGCCGCUUUCCUUAUGCCUUCAACAAGUGCGGCUGGGUCCUUGUGUGGGGUGGAAGCUAUAGUAUUUGGACCGUGCUCCAUUUCCUUCUGAAGAUUGGCACUGAUGAUUCAACAGCUUGCAAGGAGUACCCCCUGAAUGAGUGCCCCAUUUAUGGCCUGUUCGAUUGGCACUACCCCUAUCGUGCAGGACUCGUAGUUUGUGCUUUGGCAGUAGUUGCUCCUCCCUUGUUUGGUGGGCUGUACACUGGUUUGACCAUGCUACGUGACCGGUGCGACAAUAGUGCCAAAGUGAUGCGCGAAGCCACAUUGGUCCCACGGGAGGAAAGCGUGAAGCUGCAGUCAGACACCUUCCGCUCAGACCAACUCAAGUGGGAGACCAAAACUCCAUUGAACUGCGGGGUAUGAAAGCAUGAAGCCCCAUUUUUCCAGCGUCUCACGUCGAAGUCCAGUUGCAUUGGCAAUGGUGCCUGUGUAUAGAGAGCAGUUUCCCUGAGACGUUGCUCUCGCAGUUGGGGGCCCAAUGGAAUGCACAACUGAAAGCCACCGCUGAAGGGCGGCCGGCCGUGUGGAGUCUUGUUAUUGAAGUGCCACACUCGAGAAAGAGAGGGAUGAUUUGAAUUUGAUAUAUUCGCGCUUGUUCGCAUCAUUGCUUUUUGCAGGGAUGUUGCAUUUUUUGUCAAUUGUGUCGCUCUCUCCUUGGUUGCAGGACUGCCCUGGUGAGCCCGGGUAAUCAACCGCUGCUUCACCGUUCAGG